UCGUUUGGCUGCUGUGCCCGCGGCUGGUUGGUUUGCUAGCAAUUGCGCUCCAAGAUAGAAGAAGUAAACGCGAACGGUAUGCUUGUUCACGCGAGAAGGAUAAAAGUAAAAUCGCGAUCGCGACAAAGACAAAAGUGUUCGUAGUUUAUGUUGGUUUCACGAGAGACGGCCAAGGAAGAAAGAUUGAACGAGCGCGGUUAGAACAACGAGGACAAAAGUAAAUAGCAAAGAAAAAGAAAAUAAACGUACGCGCGCGACGAGCAAAAUCAGAAAGAGGUGGAAAAAGUAACGAGAGCAUAGAAGCGAGACGACGAUACGACGGUACGACGGAACGGUUCAAGCAAGAAAAGAGCGAACGAGAGCGCGAGAAGGACACAUUAGUGAAAAAGGGGGGCACGGUGGUGCGGUGCCGGCUGCCUUCGGCGAGUCGACAGUUUGGCGUUCGGUGUUGCUAGGCACGAGGGCCACUGUCAGUGCCAAGGCGGCAGCCGGCAACCUUCUCGCGACCGCGAAUCAUUGCCACAUUUUUCUUGUUUCUCUCGCGUACGCAUUCCGUCAUUCUUGUUGCUCUUUCUCACGGUUCGUUCCGAUAUUUCAUUAUUGUUUUUCGUCGCGAGCCAUGAUUCCCGUCGUAAUGCAUUUCGAGACUGUUCCAACGGUGAACCCAACCGGCACCCAGCAGCCGGGUUGGCUUUCUCCGGCAGCACUGCGUCGUCGUGGUGUUGCGUCUGCGUGCGUGUGUGCGUGAAAACCUUCAGAAAGGACAUUCAGCGAGGACAUGCGAAUUCAGUAAAGUGAUGGACGAUAGGACACCUUUUGAACGAUCGGUUUCGACACACGGAAUUACACAGCGUUAGAAAACAAUGGCUCACCAUGAUGCCGAUAACCAGAACAGUCAGGGGUCUGUAGAUGUCCUCGUUGACGCGAUCGAGGGGAACCAGUAUAAAUCAACUGUGAUGCUUCUGCAUGCACGAGAUGAACAUGCGCAAACGUGUGCGCGCAUCGUUUACACUGUUACACUUCGGCAAUCAAUUGAGCAGACUCCAUUGCGAGUCCGAGUCCUUCAAGAUGGACCUGAUCCUCGACAUCAACAGCUGGUUGUAUCCAAUGGAAUUAGGUGAUAAAUUUCGAUUGGUACUUGCAACGACCUUGAGGGAGGACGGGUAUCCGGAUGGAGGGGAAUGGAACGCGACGGAACAGGAAGGAGGCUCCAGAGCAGACAGUUUCGAAUACGUGAUGUCCGGUAAAGUUUACCGAAUCGAAGGUGACGAGGCCAGUAACGAGCCCAGCAGUAGACUAUCCGCUUACGUAUCCUUCGGAGGACUACUGAUGCGGCUACAGGGUGACGCGAACAACCUACACGGUUUCGAGAUUGAUCAACAUAUGUACCUGCUUAUGAAGAAAUUAGCGUUUUAACUGCGUUACACGUUGCACACGGAGUGUCAAUCGAAGCAAACUUACAUUAGAAAUGAAUUUGUAAUUUUAAGAGAGAGUUUAUUAUCACAAAGUUUGUACUAACAGUUUAUUGGUACACGCCUACAUUAAAAAGAAGUCUUACAUUCAAUGAAAAAUUUCAAGCACUGUCACUGCCACUACAGUAUUUGUGCCACUUACAAAAUAAAUAAAAAUAUUUUUCCAUCUAUGAAAUACCUCCUUAAUCCCUGAUAUCUCUAAUGAGUUACUAUUAUCCAUCAAAAUUUGCAAGAAAGAUCAAUAGAGAACAGUAUUUUGUA